CUCGCUCGUAGCCGUGCUACGCACAAAAUGGCGCUGGAUGACUCGAGUGAAGUAUCAAAGGUCGUUUACUUAUGCGACAAAUAAUUUAAUUUUUCGUUCCGACGGGCUUGAUUAGCCGAUUGUGUUUCUCUCGCUCGCCAACCGUAUGCAGUCUUCGUCGUGACACAUUCUGUCCCGAGUGGAUUCUUCGACGGAGAGGGAGACAUGAGUGCCCACAAUGGAGGUGAUAGAAUUAUUUAAUAAGUUCAAUGAGAGCCUGGGAUCAUACAUAUUCUCGAGAUGGAUUGGGACAUUCAUAGAGGAAUAUCAAACAUCAAGAACGAUAUUUGUUAUUGCCACGCUUUUACUCCUCAUUUUCUUAAUUGCAUCUAUCUUUGUGGUACGCAAAUGGAAGAACAAAGAAUUCCUACCAGAAGUGAAGGAGUUUGUUGGCGUAGGGACUGGCAAGCCAAGGUUCAGGAAGAGAGACAAGGUUCUUUUUUAUGGCAGAAAGAUGUUGCGCAAAGUAAAGUCUAUUGGUGGUCAGGUACACGCUACUGGACAAGGGAAGAAAAGAAAAGCGGUCAUGAGAUUUGCUCGCCGAUUGUUGCAACUUAAGAAGGAUACUGUUCCACAACAGCUUAAAGUAUUGGAACCACCGGCUGAAUAUCUGGAGGAAGAUUUAGGGCCUGGCGAAAGAGUACCACCAGAUGCCCUGUAUAUAUUACAAAGUAUUAGAGUUUUUGGCCACUUUGAGAAACCUGUAUUUCUGAAAUUAUGCAAGCACACAGAAAUCAUGAAUUUACCUGCUGGCAGCACAUUGUUUAAAAUCGGAGACCCCGAUGAAAAUUUAUUCAUAGUACAACAGGGUUUAGUAAAUGUAUAUAUCACUGGAUCUGAUGGCUCUCAAAUUUCAUUGAAAGUAGUAAAAACAGGCGAGUCAGUUACCAGUCUUCUUAGCUUUACUGAUGUACUUACUGGGCAUACAAGUACAUACAAAACUGUAUCGGCAAGAGCUGUAGAAGAUUCUGUUGUAGUCAAAUUACCAAUGAGCGCGUUCCAAGAAGUAUUUCAAGAUUAUCCUGAUGCCUUUGUUCGAGUUAUCCAGGUCAUUAUGGUACGCUUGCAGAGAGUUACCUUCACCGCUUUGCAUCAAUAUCUUGGUCUUUCCGCGGAAUUAGUCAAUCAAGGCUCGCACAAGAAGAAGCAAAGUCCAUUCUCUGGUUCGCCGGUACGAUCAAGAACCAAAGAAAAUUUUGCUUUGCAGAACAUGGAAAGUGUAUCUAGUACAUUACCAAUCGGCACAUUGGAAAUGCACGAUACGAGCGAAGUUUUUCAUCGUGACGUAGCCAAUUCAAGCAUUUCUCAGCCUGUGCCCAUAAUAAAUCGACGAAAAGAAGCGAAAAAUAGUUUUGAUUGGAAGAAUCAAAACAUUAACUUGCAAAUAGGGUGUCAAAGUUCGGCAGAGAUGGUACCAGAAUGUGACUCUCACUGGGCAACACCAUCGGCUCAGUUUCAAUCUCAGUCCACACACACAUCACAUCCGGAAGUUUCUCAUUCGGGAAGUACUUAUUCCAGAAAAAAGAGCCAGGUUAACGAGCCGACGCAGCAACAACAACAGAUGGACGAAGCACAACUUGUACAGAUAGCCACUGAUGCGUUUGUUCGUGAACUUGGUAUAGAAGAUGAGACGGUGCUCAAAGAUAAAGUGCAAAUCAGGGAAGUACCGGCUGGUACUUAUUUGAUGAAAGAAGAAUCUCAUAAGGAUGUUGCACUUGUAUACGUGCUUUCUGGCUCCCUGAUAGUAAGUCAACGCGUAUCGGAAGGUCGAGACGCGAGUCAGGAAGUGCAUAUGUUUAGUGCUCAUCAGGGUGAAAUUGUUGGUGGUUUAGCAGUGCUAACUGGCGAACCAUCCUUUUACACCAUCAGAGCGAAGCACGCCAGUCGCAUUGCGUUACUCAGCAAAUUGACAUUCUUUGCUAUCAUGCGAGAACAACCUACAGUUGUGUUGCACGUGGCACAUACCGUCGUUCGUAGAUUAAGCCCUUUUGUAAGACAGGUGGACUUCGCGCUUGACUGGUUAUUUCUUGAAAGUGGACGUGCCGUUUACAGGCAGGGGGAUGAAUCAGAUUCAACAUUCAUUGUGUUAAGUGGACGAUUACGAUCGGUGAUCACUUACAAAAACGGCAAGAAAGAACCGGUAGCAGAGUAUGGAAAAGGUGACUUGGUGGGAAUUGUAGAAAUGGUCACGCAAACUCCGAGAUCGACGACGGUCAUGGCAGUCCGAGAUUCUGAACUGGCAAAGCUACCGGAAGGUUUAUUCAAUGUGAUAAAAUUGAGAUAUCCAAUUGUUGUAACGAGAUUAAUAAAUUUACUCGGCCAUCGCAUACUCGGUACUUGGCAGCAGGCACACACGAAAAACGGCAACAAUGAUACUCAACGAGCCGCAGCAACAGUUGACGCUAGACCUGCACAAGUAAAUUUUUCGACUGUUGCCAUAGUACCGGUGUCAGAUGAUGUACCACUAACUGCUUUUACUUAUGAAUUAUACCACUCUUUAUGUGCCAUUGGACCCUGUCUUCGUCUAACAUCGGAUGUCGUAAGAAAGACUUUAGGAACAACUAUCAUGGAGCCUGCAAACGAGUACCGAUUAACUUCUUGGCUUGCACAGCAGGAAGAUCAACACAGAAUUUCUCUAUAUCAAUGUGAUUCGAGUUACACACUGUGGACUCAGCGAUGCGUGAGACAGGCUGAUUGCAUUCUUAUCGUGGGUCUGGGCGAUCGACCGCCAUCGAUUGGCCGAACAGAACGUGAAAUAGAACGACUAGUAAUGCGAACGCAAAAGGAAUUAGUGCUGUUACACAAGGAACAGAAUGGUCAACGACCCACAAACACCGUUCAAUGGUUAAACAUGAGAUCGUGGGUAUCCAGCCACCAUCAUAUUCAAUGUCCAAAACGGAUGUUUACCAGGAGAUCACAAUACAGAAUUAACGAAUUAUACUCCAAAGUGCUAAUGUCCGAGCCGAACGUGCACAGUGAUUUCAGUAGACUAGCACGAUGGUUGACUGGUACCUCGGUCGGUCUCGUCUUAGGUGGAGGUGGUGCAAGAGGUGCUGCUCACGUUGGCAUGCUCAAAGCAAUCGUCGAGGCGGGUAUACCCAUAGAUAUGGUUGGUGGUGUCAGCAUUGGUGCCUUCAUGGGCGCACUGUGGUGCAUGGAGAAGAACAUAACCACUACCACACAAAAGGCUAGAGAGUGGUCUAAGAAAAUGACGCAAUGGUGGCGGCAGAUUAUGGACUUGACUUAUCCGAUGACUUCGAUGUUCUCCGGUAAAGAUUUUAAUAAGACGAUACAGCAGACUUUCGGCGAUACAUACAUAGAAGACUUGUGGCUUCCAUAUUUUACUAUAACCACGGACAUCACGGACUCUUGUAUGCGCACGCAUAGACACGGUUUACUAUGGAGAUAUAUUCGCGGCAGUAUGACUAUUGCGGGGGUCUUUCCUCCGAUUUGCGAUCCCCUUGAUGGGCAUCUUUUGGUCGACGGGUGUUAUGUUAAUAACGUGCCAGCUGAUGAAAUGGUACGGCAAGGAGCACAUCAUAUUCUGGCCAUCGACGUCGGCUCACAAGAUGACACAGAUUUGACAAAUUACGGGGACUCGUUGUCCGGUUGGUGGUUAUUGUGGAAACGAUGGAAUCCAUUUGCCACACCUGUGAAGGUGCCAAAUUUACCAGAUAUUCAAUCUAGACUAGCGUACGUAAGUUGCGUGCGUCAGUUAGAGGAAGUGAAGACCUCCGAUUAUUGCGAGUACAUCAGACCGCCAAUUGACAAGUACAAGACUCUCCAGUUCGCCAAUUUCGACGAGAUUAAGGACGUAGGAUACCAACACGGGAAAACAUAUUUCGAGGGUCAAUCGAAAGCCGGAGUUCUGCCUCGAUUCAACGCGGAUCGAGAAAAUGCGAGAGCUAUGCGAGCGAAACAUCAAGCGACUAAUCAACAGACACCCUCGUCAUAUACUUUCACCGAUCUUGCGCAGAUGGUGUGUAAAGUUUCACGUGGUAGCCGAUAUUUUGACAUAGAUUCAGAUUCGGAUGAGUUAGAGGAGUACGAAGGGGACUUGGAAGAAGAUGCGCAGGAAGUAGGAUACGCUUCCGAACCCACUGCCGGUAUUUUAGAUCAGAGCCCUGAGGAUAAUCGUCUGAGACGAAGAACUGGCGUUUCACUUAGUCUGUCCGACACCGAGGCUGAGUCGGAACUAGACUACCAUCCAAAGAUUUUUUGAAUACUUAUUUACAUUUAUCCGCGAUAUUAUAUCUGCAUAACUCGCUCAAUAGAUUCAACACACUUUUUUGCAAAUAUAACUCAGACGCACUGCGAGCGAUUAACCUAUAUUGAAGUACAAAAGUAAUUAUUUCAAUUAUAUAAUUAUGGGAACGUCGCUCUGAAAUUAUGCCAUAAAGUGAUCGGUAUCACUUUAAUAUGAUAAGUAAUUAAUAUGAUUGUUACUAUUAAAUAUUGUAUGUUAAAUAUAAUUUUACUAUUUCUAAAAA